AUGGCGCACAUGGGCUUGAUCGCACACUCGGGUUGGUUUACCAAGUCUGUGUGGGCCAGCAUUUUCGGCGUCGUUGCUCUCGACAAAUACGCCAGAUGGUGUUACGGCAUCCCGGAUUACCACAAUUACAACUUAACCUGCUGGCCGUAUGCGCUGGAGCGGGCUAACCUUAAGCGUCAUGGCGUCGACCCAGACUCCGUCGACUUGGCACGCGAAUCAUGA